AUGGCUGACGUCCGUGCUUCUGGCAACAAGAAGGUGUUGGAUGGAAUUGACGUUGACGAUUCGUUUGACGAUGAAAGCACUGGGGAAAAUGGCCUGGUAAAUACAAAAACAGAUCAAGGUGACAAUGAUGGUGCCUAUAUAGAUGUUAUGGCAAUGAACUACGUCCCAGACCCUAUUGCUCCCCAAAGUGAAGUUGUGAACGACGUGAACGAAGAUGAUUUCGACGAGUCAUUUGAGUUCACCGACAGCCUACCGGCACUGCGAAAGACCGAACCAUCUGCUCCACAGAGAGAGGUUAUAGUAAUCGAUUCGCAAGCGCGUGAAACUCAUCAAGCAAAAGAGGAAAUACAAGAGUCAUUUGAAUUUAGCGACAUCUCCGACCUUGGAAGCAUAUUGCAGUACCAACCAAGCAGUGAACACCAAAUACAACCCCCAAACGCGGUUCCAGACGUGGCGAAUAAGAACGUUGAAGAUUUUGAAAUAAAUAGUUUCACUGAAAGCUUAUCCGAUAGUGACGCGUUUGAAUUUAGCGAGAACGAUGACGAGGUAAUGGCCUUGAUAGACAAUGCAGAGCUACAACAACAAUCCCCCAAAAAGGAGCCCCCUUCACAAGCUAAACGAGAGUCAUCUUUCAAAAGACUGGCAUCAUCGUCAUGUCUGCCACCAGAGCCCAAGAGAACUAACGCACCGCAAACACAAACGCAAACCCAAACACAAACCCAAACGGAAACGCAAACGCAAGCGGUAAAAGCGCCAUCUAGGAGUGGAGUCUGCAAGUUCAUAAUAACAUCAUCACCGCCGAAAAGCUCCCCUACAAACGCAUCAGAACCCAAAUCCUCCCCCACAAUGGGACUGCCUGCAAACAGUUUCCCAGUGGUAAACUUGCCGCACAAAAGUGAACAAAAGUCUCCAGACGACGUAUUUAUACCGCCAUCGUCUAAGCCUUUAUCAUAUGCUUAUAAAGAGGAGAGAUCUGCAAUACCACGAGCCCGAAACUACUCAACAGUUCCCCAGUUGGAGCGUCCAAGCAAAUACCCAGCAGAUCAUCACACCAUCCUUCUAGCAACCCAGAGGCCAUCCGUGGAGAAGAGCAAAAUGCCAGAAGCUGAACAAUCAAGGAAAGUCGUUCAACCCAUAAUAUUAUCUAAAGAGCAAGAGAUUGUACUUCAAAAAGUCCUUUAUGGUGUUUCGUUAUUCUACACUGGGUCUGCAGGAACUGGGAAAUCUGUUUUGCUUCGAUCUAUUAUCAAGGCAUUGAGGCGAAAGUAUCCUACUGGAGUCGCAGUAACUGCAUCGACCGGUUUGGCUGCUUGCAAUAUUGGUGGAAUCACGUUGCACAGUUUUGGUGCUAUAGGAUUAGGAACCGGAACUGUUGACAAUUUAAUCAAAAAAAUCAAACGCAACAAGAAAGCGCACGGGCGCUGGAGAGAGACGAAGGUCUUGAUUAUAGAUGAAGUCUCCAUGGUUGAUGGUGAGUUGUUGGACAAGUUGAAUGAAAUAGCCAAAAGAUUGAGAAAAAACAAUGCCCCAUUUGGUGGAAUCCAGUUGGUGGCUUGUGGAGACUUUUAUCAACUCCCUCCAGUAAUGAAGAAAAUCAAUGCUGAAGGAGACACAAGAGAUGAUGUUGAGGCUUUUUUUUCAUUCGAAAGUUUGGCUUGGAACGAAACGAUUCAAGAGACGAUCAUCUUAAAGGAAAUAUUUAGACAAAAAGGAGAUCAAGUUUUCAUCAACAUGUUGAACGAAAUGAGAGACGGGAGAAUCUCGGAAAGAACUAUUCAAGAAUUUAGAAGAUUGUCAAGACCGUUGGAAUGUCCUGCUGGUAUCCUGCCUGCGGAACUAUUUGCCACAAGAAACGAAGUUGAAAGGGCUAAUAAGCGCCGUUUGAAUGCUUUACCUGGUGAAACUGUUAGCUACCGUGCAAUUGAUUCUGGCUCUCUACAAGAACCACAAAAGUCAUCAUUGCUUCUGAACUUUUUGGCUCCACAAGAUCUUCUCUUGAAAAAAGAUGCCCAGGUAAUGUGUGUCAAAAACUUUGACGAAACUUUAGUCAAUGGUUCCUUGGGUACAGUUGUUGAUUUUGUGGACAAGGAUACUUACAUGAAAGCUUUCAAGGAUGGUGAUCAUGUUGAUGAAGAGGGUAAGUUGAAGGAUUUCAUAUUCAACGAUCCUGACACAAGUGUAGGUUUAACAACAGGUACUUUAACGCAAAGUGUAAUUACGCAUGAUGGUAAGCAAACGGAUGACAGGAAAUCUGAACUAAACAACGAUUUGUUGGGUGAUUUCAAAAACAGAAAGUUUCCAUUGGUAAAGUUUCUAUCGCCUGAUGGGGUUAAUAGCAGGACGGUGCUUGUUGAACCUGAACAGUGGACAGUGGAAGAUGAGGAUGGACACGUACUUGUAUCCCGUGUGCAGUUCCCGCUAAUGUUGGCGUGGUCUUUGUCCAUACAUAAAUCUCAAGGCCAGACUUUGUCUCGUGUCAAGGUGGAUUUGAAGAGUGUCUUUGAAACAGGACAGUCUUACGUUGCAUUAUCACGAGCAACUUCGCGGGAGGGCCUCCAGGUUCUAAACUUUAAUGAGCACAAGGUACGGUCGCACCCAAAAGUGGUUGAGUUUUACAAAUCAUUGGAUGAUAUCAACAAGAGCCACCCAACCGGACAGCAAAAGCUUAAUUUUGCCUCCAACCUGACUCUAAAGUAG